AUGGUUAUAGUUCAGUAUAUUGUAUUACGUCGCGAUUUGUCAACGGUAUUAAAUUGGCCAUUAGGUGCAUUAAUUGCACAAGGUUGUCAUGCCGCGACAGCAGCCAUUACUACUUACUAUACACAUUCAGAUACAGUGUUAUAUCUAAACGAACUAAAUAGAAUGCAUAAAACUGUUUUAGGAGUUGAGAAUGCGGAACAACUGGAAAAUUUGGCAAAUAAAUUGAAAGAUGCCGGUAUUGA